AUGACCACCAUGGCUUUCGCCGCCGUAUUCCUCGCCGUCACAUUCGCCGUUGGACUGUCUCAGUCUCAGUCACCUGUUCCGGCUCCCGCCAAGUCGCCCAAAGCCGCCCCUCCGAAACCCAUCAUCACCUUGCCUCCUCCUCUUCCUUCCGUCUCGCCGGUUCCCUCCAUCAUGUCUCCUCCACCGGUCAUUUCUCCGGCUUCAUCGCCGAAAUCCGCGCAUGCGCCAUCUCCGACGACCGUAUCUCCGGCUCGGCCGCCGGGAUCCGCACCUAAGCCUUCUCCGAAGACAGUCUCUCCGACUCCCGCACCAUCUCCGGAGAUCACACCGCCGUCGCCGUACUCUUCUCCGCCUUCUCCUCCGGAUACCCCAUCAGAUUUUGGCGACGAACCCGUCCCAGCCCCCGAAACGCCGCCGCCGCCAAGUGGAGCUAGCUUCAGCGGAGUCACCACCGUCGGCUGCGUCGUCGGAGCAAUUCUCACGGCGGCGCUUUUGUCGUAG